GGGGAGGGUGGCACGGGCACGAGCACGAGCGCCGCCGCGCGAGCCCUCAGCCCGUUCAGUGACAGCCCGCGGCAGAAGAUGGUGGCGGCGGCGGCGGCGGCGACCCGCACCCCUUUGCACCCGCGCUCCCUCGGCCGCGCCUGAGCCGGCAGCCCCGGGCCCGGCGCCCCGGCCCUGCCUGGAGGAGCUCCUUGCCCGCGGCGCCUCCCCGCCGGGAGGGUAAUUGAAUUAACUCGCCAGCAGGGAGCCGGGGCCGCCAGGGACACGAGCGGAGGCGGCGGCCGCCCCAAGUGGUGAGCCCGGCCGGCGGCGCCUGCGCCUGGCCUUGGUGGAGCCGGGCGGCCGGUGGCUGAGGGGGCUGCCGCUCCACGGCGGGACUGCGGGGGCCGACUCCCCUUCCCCCGGCCGGUCCCUGCGCGCCGGGAGCCCGUCAGGAGAGAGCGGGGCGGCUCCGAGGCCGAAGGCCCCACCGGUGGGAGUGGAGCCCCCACCCCGGCGAGUGCGAACGGCCGCGCCAGCCCCUGGGGGCGGCAGGGAGCAGCACAGGCCGGCGGCUGCCGCACCACAGCGUGGCGGCGGCGUCUCCCAGGCGUCCCGAGGCUGCCGGCGCGGGGGGAACUUCGGGGACGAAGAAACUAACCCGGCACCAGGCGCUGGACCGCCUCGGCUCUGCCGGAGCAGCGCGGGCUGCGGGCGGGAGCCAGACAGGGCCAAGUCGGGCUUGUUCCUCCGCGUCAGCGUCAGGACUGGGGAUGGUGCGGCCACGGUGAGAGCCACACGCUGCUAACACGCCUGGCCUCGGGAGGCACGGGGCUUUCCCCCUUCCUCGUCCUCUGCGGUGAGCUGCAAAAAAGAUGGGGAAGAGGCCCUUUCCCGAAGGGGGCUGCUUGUCGCUCUCCCGAGAGUGAUCUGCACUUAUUGGAAAGGACCUGGGGAGUGACCGCAAAACUGCAACUAACUUAGAACAAAUCGCCCCCAGUUUGUGGACAGGCAGCUGGACAUACCUACUACAGCCUUAGAUUGGAAUAUGUGGGCCUGUCUAGGUCCCAGUCUCCUGUUUGUCUUGCCCUGUUUGAAGGAUGAGUAACUGAAACCUGUGGACUUGCCUGGCGGUUUCUUUAAACAGGCAGUGAUUUCUCAAGGAAUUUAAAAACAACUGUCCUAGGAAAAGCCCCAAGUCAGAAAGUUAAAGUAUCACUCUAUUUAUUGUUUUUAAAGUCCUAAGGACCCAUCUCCUAAAGCGCUUAAAGAAAAUUUGACAACAUGGCUUCCCCACCGCACCAGCAGUUACUGCAUCACCACAGCACUGAGGUGAGCUGCGACUCCAGUGGAGACAGUAACAGUGUGAUGGUCAGAAUCAACCCCAAACAGCACCAGGGUUGUUCCUCUUCCAAGCAUUGCAAGUACAGCAUCUCCUCCAGCUGUAGCAGCUCUGGGGAGUCCGGAGGUGCCCGCAGAGCAACAGGAGGAGGGGGAAGCAGUGGUGCAGGUUUGCGCAAGAAGAAGCUGCCUCAGCUUUUUGAGAGAGCCUCCUCCAAGUGGUGGAACCCCAAGUUUGACUCCAACAAUCUGGAAGAGGCCUGUAUGGAGAGAUGCUUCCCGCAGACCCAGCGUAGGUUUCGCUAUGCCCUUUUCUACAUAGGUGUGGCCUGUCUCCUCUGGGGUUUAUAUUUUGGAAUCCACAUGAGAGAGAAACUGAUUGUCUUCAUGGUGCCAGCUCUGUGCUUCCUCUUAGUAUGUGUAGCAUUUUUUCUGUUCACUUUCACUAAGACCUAUGCCCAGCAUUAUGUGUGGACUUCACUGAUCCUCACCCUCCUCGUUUUUAUUUUGACUCUGGCUCCACAGUUCCAAGUUUUGACACCUAUCUCAGGAAGUGAUGACACAUCCAAUCAUACUCCCCCUGUGAGAGCCACCGACACUUGCCUUUCUCAAGUAGGCAGUUUUUCUAUGUGUGUUGAAGUGCUCUUGUUGCUCUACGCAGUAAUGCACUUACCUUUGUAUUUAAGCUUGUUUCUGGGACUAUCCUAUUCAGUCCUUUUUGAAACCUUUGGUUAUCAUUUCAGUGAUGAAGACUGCUUUGCACCCUUUGGAGCCAGUGUAAUUUACUGGGAAUUGCUGAGUAAAGCCUUGCUUCACAUCUGUAUCCAUGCUAUUGGUAUUCAUUUAUUUAUCAUGUCUGAAGUCAGAUCAAGGAGCACAUUCUUGAAAGUGGGGCAAUCAAUCAUGCAUGGAAAAGAUUUGGAAGUGGAAAAAGCACUGAAAGAGAGGAUGAUUCAUUCUGUGAUGCCAAGAAUAAUAGCUGAUGACUUAAUGAAACAGGGGGAUGAUGAAAGUGAGAACUCAGUCAAACGUCAUUCCACCUCAAGCCCCAAAAACAGGAAGAAAAAACCCUCCAUACAGAAAACCCCCAUUAUAUUCCGUCCUUUUAAAAUGCAGCAGAUUGAACAAGUGAGUAUUUUGUUUGCGGAUAUUGUUGGCUUUACUAAAAUGAGUGCAAACAAAUCUGCCCAUGCAUUGGUGGGGCUUUUGAACGAUCUGUUCGGCCGCUUUGACCGUCUGUGUGAGGAUACCAAAUGUGAGAAGAUAAGUACUUUGGGAGACUGUUAUUAUUGUGUAGCAGGAUGCCCAGAGCCCCGAGCGGAUCAUGCCUAUUGCUGCAUUGAGAUGGGAUUGGGUAUGAUUAAAGCCAUAGAGCAGUUUUGCCAAGAGAAAACAGAAAUGGUGAACAUGAGAGUUGGAGUUCACACUGGGACAGUCCUUUGUGGCAUUUUGGGGAUGAGGAGGUUUAAGUUUGAUGUGUGGUCCAAUGAUGUCAACUUGGCCAAUCUAAUGGAGCAGCUGGGGGUGGCUGGCAAGGUCCAUAUUUCGGAAGCUACUGCCAAAUAUUUGGAUGACCGUUACGAAAUGGAGGAUGGAAAGGUGAUUGAACGAGUUGGCCAGAGCGUGGUAGCUGACCAGUUAAAAGGUUUGAAGACUUACCUGAUAUCUGGUCAGAAAGUGAAGGAGUCCCAUUGCAGCUGUUCACAGGCAUUGGUUCCUGGUCUGGAGGCAGGAGACGGAACCAAGAUACAGGGAGCACCAUCAGCUGAGAAUAUUGGUGACUUGGCAAAGACUCUCAAACACUCAGAGAAACCCAAGACGUGUCCUUCAUGUAGUGUUACAUUUGUUCCCAACAGUGAUGUCAGUAUAGAGGAAGGAGCUAUCCAAAAUGGCUGUCAGGAUGAACAUAAAAACAAUACCAAGCAGACUCCUGGACGACACAGUCCAAAGACCCAGAAUGGACUUUUGAGUCCACCACAGGAUGAGAAGCUGAGCAACAGCCAGACAUCACUUUAUGAGAUGUUGCAGGAGAAAGGAAGAUGGGUAGGAGUGAGUUUAGACCAGUCAGCACUCCUUCCACUGAGGUUUAAAAACAUCAGAGAGAAGACAGAUGCUCAUUUUGUGGAUGUGAUUAAAGAAGACAGCCUGAUGAAAGACUAUUUCUUUAAACCACCUAUUAACAAGCUGAGCCUGAACUUCUUGGAUGGGGAUUUGGAGAUGGCUUACAGGACCAGCUAUCAAGAAGAGGUAAUAAAGAAUGCUCCUGUGAAGACGUUUGCCAGUGCUACCUUCAGUUCACUUCUGGAUGUGUUCCUGUCCACAACUGUCUUCCUUGUACUCUCGAUCACCUGUUUCCUGAAACAUGGGAUGGCCCUGUCCCCUCCCCCACCUGCAGCAGUUGUGGUGUUCAUCAUUGCCAUCCUGCUAGAGGUGCUGUCUCUUAUCGUCUCAAUUAGAAUGGCAUUCUUUCUGGAGGAGGUGAUGAUUUGUACUAAGCGCCUGCUGGAGGUGAUUGCUGGCUGGCUGCCUCGACAUUUCAUCGGUGCAAUCCUAGUUUCUCUGCCGGCUCUUGCAGUUUUUUCACAUUUCACUUCUGACUUUGAAACCAACAUACAUUAUACCAUGUUUAUGUGUUGUGCGAUUCUCAUCACCAUUAUCCAGUACUGUAACUUCUGCCAGCUGAGCUCCUGGAUGAGAUCAUCAUUGGCUACUAUUGUAGGAGCGAUGCUUCUCAUCUUGCUCUACAUCUCUUUAUGUCCAGACAGCUCCAUUGAAACUUCCCUCCUAGAUUCAGUACAGAACUUUAGCUCUAGGAAGAAUCCAUGCAACAGUUCAGUGCUAAAUGAUAUAAAGAAACCAGCAGACCGGAUUGGCCAAGAAGUGAUACUGGUUUUCUUCCUCCUACUUCUUUUGGUUUGGUUUCUGAAUCGGGAAUUUGAAGUCAGUUACCGCCUCCACUACAAUGGAGAUGUAGAGGCUGAUCUUCACCGCACCAAAAUUCAGAGCAUGAGGGAUCAAGCUGACUGGUUGCUGAGGAAUAUUAUUCCAUAUCAUGUGGCAGAGCAGUUGAAGGUUUCCCAGAGCUACUCCAAAAACCAUGAUAGUGGUGGGGUGAUCUUUGCUAGCAUUGUGAACUUCAGUGAGUUCUAUGAAGAGAAUUAUGAGGGGGGCAAGGAAUGCUAUCGAGUCCUAAAUGAAUUGAUUGGGGACUUUGAUGAGUUGCUAAGCAAACCACAUUACAGCAGCAUUGAGAAAAUCAAAACAAUUGGGGCAACCUACAUGGCUGCCUCUGGACUGAACACCGCACAAUGUCAGGACAACAACCAUCCACAUGGACAUUUGCAAACCCUUUUCGAAUUUGCCAAAGAAAUGAUGCGAGUGGUGGAUGACUUCAACAACAAUAUGCUGUGGUUUAAUUUUAAACUACGCGUUGGCUUUAACCAUGGCCCUCUCACUGCUGGGGUCAUUGGCACCACCAAGUUAUUAUAUGACAUUUGGGGUGAUACCGUGAACAUUGCUAGCAGGAUGGACACUACUGGAGUGGAGUGCCGGAUACAGGUGAGUGAGGAGAGCUACCGUAUCCUAAAUAAGAUGGGAUAUGACUUUGAUUAUAGGGGGACAGUCAACGUGAAGGGGAAAGGUCAGAUGAAAACCUACCUUUACCCAAAAUGCAUGGACAAUGGGGUUGUGCCGCAUCACCAGUUAUCUAUAUCUCCAGACAUCCGGGUUCAAGUGGAUGGCAGCAUUGGGCGGUCUCCUACCGAUGAGAUUGCCAAUCUGGUGCCUUCUGUACAGAAUUCUGACAAGACAUCCCAGGGCUCAGAUAACAACUUAGAACCCAAGGAUAUGCUUCCAUACUACAAGAAGCUCCAAAAAGAGUCAGUGAAAGCGGAAGACAGGUGCAGGUUUGGCAAAGCUGUAAAGAAUGAUUGUGAGGAAGCAGAAACUGAGGAGGUCAAUGAACUGACAAAGUUAAAUAUCUCUAAGAGUGUAUGAUGCAGUGACAGAGCUGCAUGAUGUGCUCAGUCCAUAGAAACACAAAGACAUUUGCAAUUGGCUGCUUUCUUUUUUUGAAGAAAGACCUUCUCAACAUCUGGGUUGUUUGUUUUCAUGUUAGCACCUGAUGCUGUGUGGAUCACAGUUAUUCAGGGCUCAUUUUCAUCUGUCUCUCUCCUCUAUGCCCUUUAGCCCUCUUCCAAAACUCCCCAGCUCCCUGUGUAACCCUCUUUCAGCUGAGUGGAGCAUAUUAAGUGCCUUCAGAUAUACUCCAUUGGACUCCCUGUCUAGGUACAAAGGCCCCAAAUAAAAUCAUAGCUUUGGGUAUCUAUUAAUUUUAAAAGAAAAGUUGUGGUCAUGAUAUCAUUUUUAUUGUUGUUUCUCACAAAACACUUUUUUUUGGCUAAUGCAACUCCUUGGGUUUUUUAUAUAUACAUACACGUGUGUGUGUAUAAUAUAUUAUUGUUAUCAGACCUUUUGUAUGUAAACACACAGACAGAUGUGUGUGUAUCUACCAUAUGAGACUGAUAGAAAAAGUGCCAGUAAUGUACCACUAGGUAAUGUCAUGGAGGUGAGGUGACACAAUUUUGCUUUUGUGUUGGGCUGGAGGAGGAGCUGAGUUCUACAGUGGCUCAGCAGUUAGAUGAAGCAGGCAGCACAGCUGUUGUAGUUUCAUCCUCCUUUAACAGUGUUUUGAUCAGACGUGCCAUUGUAUGCUUUGGAUACACUGCUUUCCUUACAUCCAAUGGGUUAUUGAUAUGUGGGGAUAGAUUUCACCAAUUCUCAGGAUAGGGUUCCAAAAGCAAACAAGUAACCAUUAAAGUUUUUACAGUCCAGGUCUCAGGUGUUUAAAAAGCAGUUUUCCUUUUACCUCCAUCCCAAGGGAUUUGUGAAGUUUUGAGUGGAGUUGAUGCCCCUAAAACUGCUCUGAUUUAAGAGAGGAGGGGUUAAAUAAAUGUUUUGGGGUUAUAUUUAUUUAUUAUUAUUUUAAAUGUCAUGUUUGUGGAGGGUAUUAGGAUUCAUAGGGGUGGUAAUUGGUAUCACUAAAAUUAAUAAGAUGCCCAUUAGUGCUUCAUCCUCUUCAAACUGCCAAGCACUGUGAGGACAUUAUCUAGGCAAUACUUGUGUCAAAGUUGGUGAUACUGCCAAAGCCACCAAAUGCAGAUUGAGUCUGAAAAUCCCAGCUUCCCUUCCAUACUGAAUUAAUGGUGCUGAACUAUGUUCUUCAGGCUUUACCCCUAUGCUGUGCUUUUGAAGCGCAGAUUAGAAUGACAUGCUUCCCGUGUGCCAUUUAAAGCAGAAAUAGGAAGGUCCUUUGCCAUGAGCUGAGAAGCACAACAUUUCGGGCCUGAACCUCCAACUGACUGUGUGGGCAGACCCCUGUGUCUGCAGAGAGGCUCACUGAAGUCAGUGGGACUCUGCACAGGUGCUGGGGUCUGUUUGCAUAGAGGCAGUUGCAGGAUCAGGGCCUCAGACAACAAACACCUCCUCUAAUUUCAGUUCCUGGAGAAGACUCUGACUAGUUCUCCCUUUGCAUUCUUCCAUAAUUUUAACCCCUUUUUCACUCAGUUUUGACUGAGUGGAUGACCCACUUUGGAUAAUAUUAAAUAUGCAUAAUUAAAAAUUAUGCAAGGUUCCCAUUUAAACAAAUAUUGCUUGUACCAACAAAAUGACUAUAAUAUUUCCACCCAAAAUAAAUUCAUCUGCCAAGGGAAAUAGGGUGAUUGUGGGGAAAUGUAAUGUGUUUUGUCUGCACAGUCAUAUUUUUUUAGUUAUUUCUUUCCAUCUUCAGUCCAAAAAAGAUAACUUUAAAGUGAAAGCAGAAUAUAUUCACACUUACUGCUUUAAGAACAGCCAUAGUGGGUCAAACCAAAGAUCCAUGUAGCCCAGUAUUCCGUCUUCCGACAGUGGCCAAUGCCAGGUUCCCCAGAGGGAAUGAACAGAGCAGGCAAUCAAGUGAUCCUUCCCCCUUCUUAUGUUCUUAUGUCCUGUGUUAUUUACAUGCCUUCUAGCAUUAAAAUAUGUGUCCUGAGGUGGUUAACCCUUUUUUCCCCUCACUUACUCUCUCUGAUUUGAUGGCCCCCUACAAUGCCCAGUGGUAAAAGUGGCAUUUCUCUGCAGUUGAGUUUUUCAAUGUUAGCCGUGAUCCAUCAAAGUAUGCUCACAUCUUUUCUCUGACUUUUAGUACUGUACAAUUGUUAUACUCAUCACUAUAACCCUUCACCUGUAAGAGGUUCGCACAUUACAACUAAAAGUGAAAGAAUGGCAUAAUCUAGGGAUUCCAAGCCAAUUUCUUUUGAACAGGAGCCAGGAUUGAGAAAACCUUAUCUCUAAUUAUUGCAAUAAUGCACCAUUCAGUACAAAGACAGUCCUUUAGCCUACAAAAUUAAUAAAGCCAGCAUGGCUGUUGAUGGUCUGUUACUACAUGAGUAUUGUUAGUCUCUUAGUAGUAUCUCAUUAGAAUACUGAAAAGGAUACCAAAUUUAGUAGUAUCUCUUUUCUGAUCUCACUAAGCAAAUAAAAUGGCUGAGGUCAGAAACGUUUCUGGGCUCUGAAUUCAAGGGCUGCUGUUUGUUCUUGCAGUGGAGUUGUUCUGUAUAGUAUUAACACCUUUGUGAGUUGAGUGCAGCCAACAUUACAUGCAUUCAAAUUAAAUCUGGGUAAACAGCUAAUAGUUAAGUCAUGAAUUGUAUGGCUGUUUGCUUAUUGCCACCAGAACAGUAACCACAUUUAACAGCUUCACUUUGACCAGGUGUCAUGGUCCUUACCACAAAGGUCUUGAAUCUCUUCUUUAGGGAUUCAGAAAAAAAGCUAUGAAUACCCACCCCACAAAACAUAUGGGGAGCUUUUCAAAGGCGCAAAAGGCAAUGAGACACCCAACUCCCAUGGAAAGGCAAUGGAAGUUGGACCCAAACUCCCUUUUGUGCCUUUGAAAGGCAGUCCCAAAACUUGCAAAAAGUAAUGAUUCUGUGGUGGUUUUUAAUGGUAUAAUGCUCUCUACUGCAUCUCUCUUAGUGUAUCAGAGAGUCCAAAGACAGGCCAUGUCAUACAAUUGCAUGCCAGUAUCAGAGUUUAUUUUAUAAAAUGCCUUUUGUGCUUGUUCUGUUGCUUUCUGCAUAAUAAUUUUAAAGAAACACAAACAUUAUAAAAGUAGCAUGAUUAGCCCUAUCCCCUGAAAAGCAGUCUACCAAAAAUUGAUGCUUUGUUUGCUUGCUCUUUUCUUUUCUUGUAUGUUUAGAAUUUCUUAAUGCUGAUCAUUUCAAGAUCACCCACAGUAUAAAAAAAUGUAAUUGUUAAAUGCUUUUCAAGCCCAGAAGUUCUGCUCCUGUUCUGCUCCUGUUAUUGCUCACCCAUGUGAGUGAUUUUAGAGUUUAGAACAGUGAGGAAGAUAC